UGCAGUUUUGAUGAUCUUCAUAUGGCCUUCAUCUGGUAGUUAAACAAUGAUAAACAACUAAUGUAGAAUAUAUUUGAUCAUUUUCCUGAAAAUGAAUUCCUCAACUAAAGAUUCAGAAAAUCCCUCUGAGCCAGAGCCUGGCCCAUCCAGACCCUCUGAUGGCUCAACCCAGCAGGAUUCCCCCUCAUUUUUACAGGGCCACAUUCAAAAUCUCUCUGACAAUGAGUGGGCGGUUCUCAGCAGGAUAUUGGAUCCUUCUAUGACUAGGGCCCAGUUUGCAGAGCUCUGCCAGUCCCUCUUGAUGCCUAUUCUGGCCGCCACAUCCUCCUCCACUUGUCAUGUUGAGGUAACUCACCGCACUACUGAGGAGGCCUGCCGUGCUGAUGAGCAGCUCCACAGUGCCAGAGAUGGAACUGAAAACUCUGAGCAGGUGAAGACCUCAGGAAGCCCCUCUCUGGAUGCAGACGGCCGUCUGCACCAGGCUGUUCCAGACUUCACUGCUGCCCCAUCAGCCCUGGGGGCAGGGACUUCACCCUCACCUGAGCCAAGAUGGCUGAGAUUAAAGAGCUUCCUAGCCAAAACUAGAAGGAUACACUUCAAUUUCAAGAUUCCAACAAGGCGCCACAGGAAAGUGGAUCCCGGUCCGGCUCCUUCCAACAUGGACUUAGCAGGUCAGAAUGUGGACACAUCUGCCAUCCAUUCAGCACCUGCCUGUUCCCCUCAGAAGCCUUGCAAGCGCCCCUUUUUCAUGCUUGCUUCCUGUUUUCGGGGUUCAGAGUGAUUUCUGAUUUCUGAAUCAGAAUGACUAUUUUUUGACUGAAUUAUAAAUUCAUCUCCAAUAUAAUCAACUUUUUCACCAAUAAAAACCUCCAUUCUUACA